CUGUCCUGGAAUUGGAUAAAUAGCUGAAGACUUCGACAGUCCAGCAGGUGCUUCAAUAUCACUUCGGUACAACUCCAAUUCAAUUAAUUUUCUCCAUUCGCUGGACCGAACCCACAUAGUUCAACCAACAAAUCUAUAAUGCGCUUCUUCCUCGUUGCUACCAUCUUCGCUGCCGUUGUUGCCGCUGCCCCUGCUCCUGCUCCUGUUGAGCACGUCCCGUAUGACGGCACUCUCGGCGGUGUUGUCAAGACGUUAUCUGGCCUUACUGAGGCAGUAGGUGUGCUGGUCAACCAGCUGACUAACGACCUCGGCCAGGGGCCAAAAUAAAUAAUCGCGUUCUCUGCUGCGUUCAUUAGCUAUAAAGCAAAUAAUCAUUCUCAAUACAACCUUCAAAAGAACGC